CCUUCCCUUCCCUUCCCCCUCCGACCCCCCGCGGCGGUGGCGAGCAACCUCGGCGUGCAGCAGAUUCCCUCCCUCCCCCUCCCCCUCUCUCGCCUUUCCUUCAUCGCCGCUGCCCCCUCCCCGCAAGCCGGCACGCGCAGCGCGCUCCGCCCCGCAAGCCGGCACGGUCGCCCGUCCCAACCCUAACCAGCGCGGCGGCGAUGUCGACGGACUCCGACACCUCCUCGCGCGGCGGCGGCGGCAGCUUCCGCGAGAUCACCAGGGACCGUUUAUUAAAUGAAAUGUUAAGAUCAACUCGGAACAAAGGAUCAACGUGGAAGGUUCUUAUCAUGGAUAAACUUACUGUCAAGAUAAUGUCAUCUUCGUGCAAGAUGGGAGACAUCACAGAACAAGGGGUUUCAUUGGUUGAGGACCUAUACAAACGGAGGCAACCGUUACCAUCAAUGGAUGCAAUUUAUUUCAUGCAACCUAUUAAAGAAAAUAUUCAAAUAUUUAUGUCCGACAUGUCAGGGAAACGUCCAUUGUACAAGAAAGCCUAUAUAUUUUUCAGUUCUCCCAUUCAGAAAGAAUGGGUGCCUCAAAUAAAGAAGGAUUCAAGUGUUUCAACACGCCUUGGUGGACUCAGUGAGAUGAACUUGGAGUACUUCGCUGUUGAUAGCCAGGGCUUUGUAACUGACCAUGACAAGGCUCUAGAAGAGCUUUUCACUGAAAAUGAAGAAGGUUCAAUGAAUUACAAUUCAUGCAUUAACACGAUGGCCACUCGCAUUGCUACUGUAUUUGCAUCAAUGAGGGAAUUUCCUCGUGUGCACUAUCGCGUCGCUAGGACAAUUGAUGCUUCUACUUUGACAACUCUACAAGAUUUAGUCCCCACAAAGCUUGCAGCUUCUGUGUGGAAUUGCAUGGCGAGAUAUAAAUCAACAAUACCUGAAUUUCCUCAGACAGAGACAUGUGAAUUACUUAUUGUAGACCGUUCAAUAGACCAGAUCGCGCCUAUCAUGCAUGAAUGGACCUAUGAUGCAAUGUGUCAUGAUCUAUUGGGCAUGGAUGGUAACAAAUAUGUGCAAGAGGUGCCAAACAAGACUGGAUCAGGCACUGAGAAAAAAGAGGUCUUGUUAGAAGAUCAUGAUCCCAUAUGGCUUGAGCUUCGUGAUGUACAUGUAGCGGAUGCUAAUUUAAGACUGCAUGAGAAGAUGAGCAAUUUUAUAUCUAAAAAUAAAGCAGCUCAACUACACCAAGCAAGAGCUGGAGGAGAGUUAUCGACAAAAGAAUUGCAAAAAAUGGUCCGAGCUCUUCCACAGUAUACAGAUCAAAUCGAUAAGCUUUCCCUUCAUGUUGAGAUUGCAGAAAAGCUAUUUGGCAUAAUCAAACAACAGCAUUUGAAAGAUGUUGGCCAGCUCGAGCAAGAUCUUGUGUUUGGUAAUGCUGGCUCGAAAGAACUAAUCGAUUUCUUUAGGACACAUCAGGAUAUAAGUCGUGAAAACAAGCUGCGUUUGUUAAUGAUUUACGCUGCAAUUAAUCCAGAGAAGAUCCAGAGUGAGAAGGGAACAAAGCUGAUGCAGCUAGCCGGAUUAUCUGCCGAUGAUAUGAUCGCUGUGAAUAAUAUGCGUUGCCUAUGUGCUCAUGAAACUAAAAAGUCUUCAAAAGGUGGUUUUCCUUUGAAAUUUGAAAUACGCAAGAAAAAACGUGGUAUCAGAAAAGAACGAGUAGGGGAAGAAUCAACAUGGAUGCUGUCCCGGUUUUACCCCAUCCUGGAGGAUUUGAUCGAGAAACUUAGUAAAGGGGAGCUUCCAAAAGAUGAGUACCAUUGUAUGAGUGACCCUAGUUCUAGCUUCCGUGGGAUCUCAAGCAGCUUAUCCGCUCGAACAAGCCCAGCUCAUCAGCCAGCUCAAUCCAUGAGAUCCAGACGGACAGGUGGCACAUGGGCUAGGCCUCGCAACUCUGACGAUGGCUAUUCAAGCGAUUCUGUGCUGAAGCAUGCAUCAAGUGAUAUGAGAAAGUUGGGUCGGCGCUUAUUUAUCUUUGUAGUUGGGGGUGCUACUCGGUCCGAGUUACGUGCUGUCCACAAGCUGUCAUCGAAACUACAGAGAGAAAUUAUCCUCGGUUCCUCUAGCCUCGAUGAUCCAGCCAACUUCAUCACGAAACUGAAGAUGAUGUCAACCGAGCAGCUAUCGCUGGACGAUCUGCAAAUAUAACAAUAGGAGGGGAGGGGAAGAUGCACAUCGGUUGUAAUUAUCUACUGAUUUUCUCGGCCUCAGAUCUAGGUGUAGUUGACGAUUGGACGGACCGGAUGUUGGUUUCUCACAUAGGCUAGAAGGGGGGCUUGCUGUUCACUGGGCAGGGCGGGGCCUCCUUUUGGCAUCUCACGUAUUCAAGUGUGUACAUAGCAUUGGCUGGCAGCUGUAGCGUGUCUGAUGAUAUUUAUUGGACCAAUGGAACGGAGAUGUUCGUCGUUGUGUAUUGGCGGGAAGCAUUGGGAAUGUGUAAUGAGAGGCGUCUUCUUUUUCCUGA